AUGAUGAAACUACCCCUAGUCCAUGUUAUCGCAUCUACUUCUUGUUACGUGUCUAUGGAGGGAGAGAACCUCAAGAUCGUCUUGAAACAGGACAAGAAAUCCUACGUCCUUGACACUCAUAUUCCACUAGUCUCUAUUGCUGAUGCUAGUGUUGAGGAUAAGGAAUCAUAUCACUGUCAUAAGGAUGACGAUGAUCAAGUAGCAUGCGUGAUGCUAGCCAGUAUGACCCCAAAAAUCCAAAAACAACAUGAACACAUGGAUGUCCAAUCCAUGAUUUUUCACCUUAGAGAAUUAUUCGAUAAGGAGGGGUGCACUAAGAGAUAUGAGAACUUGAAAGAACUAUUUCGAUUCAAGAUGGCAGAAGGUAGUUCUGUUAGACCCCAUGUGCUGAAGAUGAUUGGACUCGUUGAGAGACUUUGGCAAUUGGGAUUAGUAAUGGAUCACGAGCUAAGUGAAGACUUAGUUUUACAAUCUCUUACGGACAGCUUUAGUCAGUUUGUGUUGAACUUCCAUAUGAAUCAAUUGGAAGACACUUUUCUCGAACUUUUGAAUAUGAUAGACACAGCAAAGAGGUCCAUCAAGAAAGAUAAAGGGUCAUAG